AUGACUAGAGCCAAACGGCGCAAACAACCACCACCACCUCCUCCUCCUCUGCCUCCCAUUCCUCAAACUCCGCCCAAAACAACUCCGACCGGGUCUGAGCCGAAAGAAUCGUCGGAUAAAGACGAACCUACUUCUUCAGACAGUACCUUAUAUGCUCAUUCAAAUCCGAAACCUCCUGAUCCGUGCCCAUAUCACUACAAGCCCGUCUAUUACUUCUUCUACGAUAGUCUCAGGCAGCCGACCGUGCUCCAAGCGGUGCUUGAAUCCUCUGAACCCCCCAAACUACGAAAUGCCAAAGUCCGCGGAUACUCGCUUGCACCACGCGGUCGUUUCACGUCACUUGUCGAAGGUCAACCUGGGUCCGGGGUCCUGGGUAGGGCGGUACAAGUGCAAUCUGCGGAAGAGGAAUACAAGCUCGGUUGGCACCAAACCAGCGCUUAUGUUCUUACACCAUGUUUGAUCGAGUUUAUAGACAGAGAAGAGCCGAAAGAACUUGCGGGAUUGGUAUUCACAGAUGCUGGUGAUCAAGGGGCUUGGAGGACUAUGCGAUUUGAUUACAAGGCGUGGAAGUCUCAGAUAGGAACUCGACUCCCACGAAAUUGGCAAAGAAGCACACUGGAGCCGAGUUCGUAG